GAAAACAUGAAAGACGCGCAAAGUAAAAAUUCCAGAUGAGAUGGCGAUUACACUUUUUCUCCUUCUCCGUCUUCCUUCCAUCAAUCCCAAACCAAACCCUUUCUUUAUAACUCUCUCUCUCUUCCGCCAUUAUCACUGACAACAAAACCUUCAUUUCUUCUUCCUUCUUCACCCCAUUUCCAUACCCAUCAACAACAACAACAACAUGGAGAAUGAUUCUUCUUCCGCCAUGGAUAUCAAAGGUACUCCCACUUACGACUCUAAAUACUUACUCUACAAUGUUCUUGGCAGCUUCUUCGAGGUCUCCGCCAAAUACUCCCCUUCAAUUCAACCUGUUGGACGUGGUGCUUACGGCAUUGUUUGUUGUACGACUAAUUCUGAGACAAAAGAAGAGGUUGCGAUUAAGAAGAUUGGGAAUGCUUUUGAUAAUAGGAUUGAUGCUAAGAGGACGCUUCGAGAGAUUAAACUGCUUUGCCAUAUGGAUCAUGACAAUAUUAUAAAAAUCAAAGAUAUUAUUCCACCACCAGAUAAGGAGAAAUUCAAUGAUGUGUAUAUUGUGUAUGAAUUAAUGGACACUGACCUACACCAGAUCAUUCGCUCUUCCCAGGAUUUGACAGACGAUCACUGUCAGUACUUCUUAUACCAAUUACUGCGAGGUUUGAAGUAUUUACAUUCUGCAAAUGUCUUGCACCGAGAUCUUAAACCAAGCAACCUGCUCCUUAAUGCAAAUUGUGACCUCAAGAUUUGUGACUUUGGGUUAGCAAGAACAACAUCAGAGACAGAUUUCAUGACGGAAUAUGUUGUAACACGAUGGUAUCGAGCCCCUGAGCUACUACUCAACACUUCUGAAUACACUGCAGCGAUAGAUAUUUGGUCGGUUGGAUGUAUUCUCAUGGAAAUUCUUAGGAGGGAACCAUUGUUCCCUGGUAAAGACUAUGUGCAGCAAUUGGGGCUUAUAACUGAGUUGCUAGGUUCACCUGAUGAUUCAGAUCUCGGGUUUCUUAGAAGUGAUAACGCAAGGAAGUAUGUUAAGCAACUUCCUCAUUUCCCAAAACAACCGCUGAUCGAAAAGUUCCCAGAUCUUCCUCCACUGGCAGUUGAUCUCGCAGAGAGGAUGCUACUCUUUGAUCCAAGCAAGAGAAUAACUAUCGAGGAGGCCAUGAAUCACCCGUAUAUAGUAAGUCUUCAUGAGAUCAAUGAAGAACCAACCUGCCCUUCUCCUUUCAACUUCGAUUUUGAACAGGCAUCCUUGGAUGAAGAAGACAUAAAAGAACUUAUAUGGAGGGAGUCUAUCAAGUUCAAUCCAAAUCACAUUUAGUUUCAAACAUUUUGCUUCUCAGUUUAUUGGGUCUUGAUUAAAGAGUUGAUCUUGUUUUGAAGAUUAAUCGAGUAUAGUAGUGUGAAUUCAUGUCGUGUCAGCGAGCGGUAAGUUGGCAACAAGAUUGGUAACAAAUAAUUCUUGUAUAUAAUCAUGGAAAAGAUUCAUUUAUCAGGGAUUAAAAGGGAUCUAUAUUCACCUUCUGGAAUCUUGCGUCCAGUGAAGGCUGGUGUGACAUAAAAAAGGCAGCGUCUUCCAUGGCCUUUGGAUCGAGCUUGUUUACCUAUGUUUUUCUAAUAUACUAGGAAGUGAAAUUUGUGACUAUUACAGGAAGAGAAAAAAACAGAUGUAAAAUGUAAUGGUUUGCUCUUCCUGAUAUUGUUGCUAAUGUUUAAUACCAAAAACAUACAGUUUUGUUUUUUGAGAUGGAAAGUUCAUGUUGCCAAUGGAUUUACUGUUAUCAAUAUGCAAAGGUGAUUUUGUCUGUUUGUUAA